AUGUGUGUCUGGCAGAGAGGCAGUCAGAAAUCAUCGCGUCGAUAUGAUCAAUGGAAAAAACAUUACUUAACAUUCAAUACUGUUCUCUUUCACUCGAUUAUACCUUCGAUUAUUCUACUGAUUGUUAAUUGGCUGAUCUUAUGUAGUUUGUCACGUCAACGAGAUAUUCUAUCGAAAAUUGGCUCGAUCGAUGCGAAGAAUGUUCUUAAACGUGAAAAGCAGUUUAAAGAAAAAAUCAUUCAGCUUGUGCUUUCAUCUUUUUUUGUUAUUAUUACCAUUUCACCGCGAUAUAUCUUAACGAUGGUCAAUGCAUUUGCGACAAAUCUUAGUAAAACACCGCUGAUGCCUCUGUAUAUUUAUGUUAAUCUGAAUACGGUCUUCCGAGUCUUGGAAAUGGCUAAUUAUUCGCUGAAUAUCAUCUUCGCAAUUUUAAGUGGUCGCACAUCGCGUUUAGAAAUUCGUAAAAUUCUUUGGGAAUGUUUGUUUUGGCGAUUCAAGCGCACUCAGUCCGAUCGAAGUACAAUGAAAUAUCCAGCUCAUACAUUUCUCUUUACAGACGAGGACGAUGAUACAGAUCGUUCUGUCCAAGUUCAAAGUGCAGUGCCCUGUCCAGGAUUGAAUGUUCAUCAAAAUAAGUUAUCCUCGAAGUUAAGCAAUGCAAGUUAUUCACUUCAACUUUCUCAAACAUCGACCUCGUCUGCUGUUUUCAAUUGUUGCGGUUUUAGUAUUGAUCUGUCCAAUAAGAACUCGCACGUGUCCAAUUCGAAAUCGUUAUUUGACGAAUCGUUAAAACGACGGUCAAUCAGUAAUAAAAACCCACAGCAUGUAUUGGUGAAAACCGCUUCUUGUCCUCAAUCGAAAACUUGCUCGCCAAACAAUUGUGUUCUACGACCACAAAAUACCGUUUGUUAUCGAUCGACAAAUGUUUACCGUCCAGUAUCCAGACGGCGAGCAGCAACGCUUAUGCACGGUCGACGUGACACACCGGCAUCGAUUAAAACCACGCUGACAACAACAGUUUAUCCAUCGAUAUCGAAUGACAACCAAUGCUUAUCUUUCGAAAACCAACCUCCGAUUAUCGACAUGCCUCCUCCGAGCAAAGAUGGAUGUAAGACAAGCUUUCUGCCAUCCGAACUAUUACAUGUGCCUCAAACUGAUUGCGAUGGACCAGUUUUACCUGCGUAUAUCAUCGAAACAUGUUAA